AUGUUGUUCCUAAGUAAUGUAUUAUUUAGAUCCAGAAGCAAAAGGGUUCAUGUGAAUUUAAUUUCUUCAUGUGCAAGCAAUUACAUUUACUCCACAUAUAUCUCCCCUACCAAAUCCAAGUUCCGAUUGUCCCUGAGGAAACAUGACCCCGUUGUUAACCGUCAUGUCAUGUUCUACCAAAAACAUAUGAAAUCUAAAUCGAAAAAAAAGCUAACAAUGCAUGGGAUUAAUUACGCCCGUUUUACAGGAAAAAACAAAAACCUGAGACCACUCCUAAAAAGGGUUGAAAAGUCCUACCUAUACGGAAAAUUCAACAAACUCAUAGAUAGCACGUACAGGAGUCUACCAAGGAUGAGCUGA